AUGAGUGGAACUCAACCUCCAUCGAUUUCAAUGCCAGGUUCCAGCUUCAGACCUAUUAGUAGGACUUCGAGUACUCAAGUUCGUGAUCAUCUGAUCGACAGACGUGAGUCAAGUCAUUUAGAUCGACUUCCGUUAUCAAAAUUAUUAUUAUCAAAAGACUUUGGAGCAACACCAAAGAUAAACGAAGACGAAGAAAAGAAGCAGAGCAAAGAUUCAGAUGAAAUUGAAGGUGAUGCUGAAUUUGCAGAACCAGAUGAUAUCAAUUAUCAAAACGUAUUUAGUUUAGACAAAGAUCAACUCGCUGCAAAAGGCUUAGAAUUACAAACACAUAAGAAUCGCGUAGAAUUUUACGAAGAACCACCAGCAAGAUUUGGAACAAAGCAUAAAAAAGCAUCACCAAGGUGGAAGAAAGAGGAAACACAAAAAUUCUAUGAAGUUCUCGCAAUGUGUGGAACAGAUUUCUCCAUGAUUUCAAAAUUCUUCCCAGAACGUUCUAGAAAAAUGAUUGUAAACAAAUUCCAUUGCGAAGAGAAAAAGAACACACAACAAUUCCAAGAAGCUCUUUCUACACCAAAAUCAAUAGAUAUUGAAAUGUUUUCAAAGAUAAAUGGUGUCGAAGCACAAACACUUAUAGAAGACUUCCAAAAGAAUAAAGAUAAACUACUUAACGGUCAGCCACUUAUGCAGCCGAAAUUACCUGAAAAUAGCGGUGAAAUUUCUGGAAAUGAUGAUGAUUUCGAAGAUAUUGAAGAAAGAGAUGAUGAUAAGGGCGAAGGAAAGGAUAAAACCAUUGAAUCAGCUACAGCUGCUAUUACAGAGAAAGGCAAGAAAGAUGAAGUUGAAGGUACAGAUGAUUUCAACUUUGAUUAA